AGAGAACAGAACUUGUCAGAACACAGAGAGAGAGAGAGAGAGAGAGAGAGAGAGAGAGAAUAAAGAAACAUAGAGACUGGAUUAAACUUUUUCAAAAUAUAUAGAGAGAGACAGAGAUAUAGAGAAUUAAACUUGUCAAAAUAUAGACAGAAUAAUAAUAAUAAUAAUAAUAAUAAUAAUAAACAGAGGUACAGAAUUAAACUUGUGAAAAUAUAGAGACAAUAAUAAUAAUAAUAAUAAUAAUAAUAAUAAUAAUAAUAAUAAUAAUAAUAAUAACAUAGAGAUGGAGAAUGAAACUUGUCAGAACACGGAGAAUUAAACUUCCGAAAUGGAUUAAAAAAAAAGACAUAAUUAGAAAGAAAAAAAAAACAGGAAUGCGAAGAAAGACAUAAAAGGAAAACUUAAAUAAAAAAGGAGAGACAGAGAGAAUAAAACUAGUGAAAAUAGAGAGAUAGAGAAUAGAACUUGCCAAAAUAUAGAUAAAAAAAAGAGUGUUAGGAAAGUCACAAACGAGAAUUUGAAUACUAAAAUAAAAAGAAAGAAAAAAAGAAAGGAAAAAACAGAAAGAAUAAAACUAACUGGAACAAUGAGAGAUAGAGAAUAAAUCAUAUCAAAAUGUAGAGAGAGAGAGAGAGAGAGAGAGAGAGAGAGAGAGAGAGAGAGAGAGAGAGAGAGAGAGAGAGAGAGAGAGAGAGAGCAGAACUGAGCCUCUUUAUAGUACAGUCCUUUAUAAGUGAAAGUGGGUAGAUAGGGUUGAAUUAAAGGUGUGUUAGUCUUCAGCUGUCCACAGGUAGGUAUAUUACAGGUGACAUUAGAAUACAGGUGUGCUUGGCCAGGUAAAGAAAGGGUUGUGUGUAGAGUUCAGGUGUGGACAGGUGUGUUUGGGUUGUGUAAAGGGUUAUGAUUUGGGCAGGUGAAAAUAGAGGGUUAUCAUUGUACAGGUGUGCUUUGGGCAGGUGUAGGUAGAGAUGUGUUAAUUAAGUGUCUAGGUAUUUUGUACAGGUAAAAACAGAUGAUUUUUGAUUAGGUAAAAGACAAAGGAUGCUAAUUAAGUACAGGUGUGUUCUAUACAGGUAAAGAUUGAAAUGAUAACAGAAUACAUGUGUUGAAUAGAUAAUAUUUAAUGUAAAUAGAGGUAUGUGAAAACUGCAGGUGUGUUAGACCAAAUUAACACCUGUAUUUUGGCUGCAGAUAGGAAAGUGUUGUUUAAAGGUAGGAUAUCAAAUUACAGGUGCACAGGACAGGUGUGUAGGUGUGUUUGAUUGGUGUAGGUGUGGUUGGCAGUGUGUAGGAUAGAAACUGGUCGAAAAUAUCAUCUAUCUCCUUGUCUGCAGGUAGAAAGGGUUGAUUAAAGGUAAGGUAGCAAGUUACAGGUGUUUAGGUACAUAGAUGGACAGGUGUAGGCGUGUUAGACAGGUGUGGAGAUAGAAAUACAUGUCUAGAUUAGUGCAAACCUGUCUUUUUGGUAUGUAGACAGAAGAGUGUUGAUUAAAGUCAGAAUACGCAGGUGUGUAAGUGUUGGACAGAUGUACAGGUGUGCAGAACAGGUGUGCAAGGCUGGUGGCUCAGUACAGGUGUGUUUAACAGGUGUAGAAGCAAAAACUGGUCUAAAUCAUCAAGUUUGCAAGUUGAAGAGGUAGAAUAUCAAGGUACAGGUGUGCAGGACAGGUGUGUACGCUUGUAGGACAGGUGUGUAGGGUUGGUGGAAUAGUACAAACAAAAGGUUGGUUAAAGAGAUAGUAUUCAUGUGUGUAGAUGUACUGGCAGGUGUGUAGGCGAGCAGAACAGGUGUGUAGGCGUGUAGAACAGGUGUGUAGGCGUCUAGAACAGGUGUAUAGCGAUAAUACCAAUAAAAAAAAUAGUUGAAGUGACAUUGUAUGAUAGUGAAGGUGUACUGACAGGUGUGUAGGUGUGCAGGACAGGUGUGUAGGGUUGAAGGCGUAGUACAGGUGUCUUCUGCUAACCUAGUUCUCUUUCCUUCACCGCUGAGCAGACAGUCUUACAGCAGCCUGGACUAUAGCUGUAGCAUGAGAAGGACGGUUGACAGUAUGAGUGAGUGUAGUGCGGGAUGCGAACACGCCCUCCCCCCGAAGCCGUGGCCCGCGCCCCUCAGUAACGCGCCUUUUGGCAGCUUACAGAAGCAGGUGUCGAUAAUGAGCCUCAACCUAACCACCAAGAUUGAUGAGAUCCAGUGUCACCAGCAUGCCGACACCAGCGCUGCCCUCCACGCCAUCAGGUCACAGCUGCAGGACCUAACGAAGAGCCUGGAGAGUUGCCAGAGCGAGGUUGUGGAAGUGAAGCGUGACAUGGUGGCGAUCAAACAUGAAAUAGACACAUUGCAGGCAGCCAAGGAGGAGAUAGAGGAACUGAGAGACGCCGUGGAUCGCCUGGAGGAGCAGACUCGACGAAGGAAGAUACGUCUACUGGAGCAGGCUUCCUCUCUCUCUCCUCCGGGGCUGACGUGCUUCCUGUGCUAUGCCAUCUUCGCGGCAGUGCUGGGGAUGUUCCAGUUUGGCUACAACACUGGGGUCAUCAAUGCACCCCAGUCAGUCAUCGAGAACUUCAUCGGUGACUGCUGGAAGUCUCGCUACCACAGAAACAUUGAGAACAGCAAGCAGGAUCUCAUCUGGUCCAUCGCAGUCUCCAUCUUCGCCAUUGGGGGAAUGAUUGGAGGCUUCUGUGGAGGCUCUGUAGGGAACAAGUUUGGCAGGAAGAAAGGACUGCUGCUCAAUAACCUGCUUGGAGUUGGAGGUGCCUGUCUCAUGGGCUUCUCACAGAUGUCCAACUCCUUUGAAAUGCUCAUCUUAGGUAGACUGGUCAUCGGUAUUAAUUGUGGACUCAACACAUCCCUGGUUCCCAUGUACAUCAGUGAGAUCGCCCCGCUCAACCUGCGAGGAGGCCUGGGUACCGUCAACCAGCUGGCGGUCACCAUUGGCCUCCUGCUCUCUCAAGUCCUUGGCAUAGAGCAGCUCCUCGGCAACAAGAAGGCCUGGCCCAUCCUCCUAGGGCUGGCGGUGGUGCCGGCUGUGAUGCAGAUGGUGCUGCUCCCGGUGUGCCCUGAGUCACCGCGCUACCUCCUCAUGUCACGCCAGAUGGAGGAUGAGGCACGCAGAGCCCUGCGCCGCCUGAGAGCCUCAUCCCACGUGGAGGAGGACAUAGAGGAGAUGCGGGCAGAGGAGGCAGCCAGCCAGACGGAGGCGCACAUGACCAUGCUGCAGUUGGUGCGGAACUCCAACCUGCGCAUGCCCCUCACCAUCGGGGUGGUGAUGCAGCUCUCCCAGCAGCUGUCUGGGAUUAACGCGGUCCUCUACUACUCCACCUCCCUGUUCACCGCGGCGGGCCUGGAGGAGUGGCAGUCCAAGUACGCCACGCUGGGGGUCGGCUCCGUCAUGGUGGUGAUGACGCUGGUGUCCAUCCCCCUCAUGGACCGGGCUGGCAGACGCACCUUGCACCUCUAUGGCCUGGGGGGAAUGUUUAUAUUCUCCAUCUUCAUCACCAUCAGCCUCCUCAUCAAGGAAAUGAUGUCGUGGAUGACAUUCAUUUCCGUGAUCAGCACCCUCUGCUUCGUCAUCUUCUUCUCGGUGGGCCCUGGCAGCAUUCCCUGGAUGAUCACAGCCGAGCUCUUCUCCCAAGGACCCCGCCCUGCCGCCAUGUCCAUCGCGGUGCUCGUCAACUGGCUCUCCAACUUCAUUGUCGGCAUAGGCUUCCCCAAGAUGCAGGAAACCUUUGAGAACUACACCUUCCUGCCGUUCAGUGUGCUGCUGGGGUGUUUCUGGGUCUUUACGUACUACAAGGUGCCGGAGACCAAGAACAAAACCUUCGAGGAAAUAUCGGCUAUCUUCACCAGAGGGGUUGACAGGCGCACCGAGUAUAAUGGCAUUUUCUUCAGUCACCACCAAUGGCCGCAUAGGGAUUACCUUGAGGACCCGAGACUGUAUGGUAACUUCCACGCCGUCACCACCAGUAAUCACUUGAGCACUUUGAAUUGUGUUAAUACUCUCGGAUCCAAACCACUGGAGGCUGAACACGCCGCGCUCAUCCGGGAACUGUCGGGGCGCGCUCACCAACAGUCGCCAUCAGCACGCUCUGACAGGAGCGACGGACCUGGCGGCCUCGGGCGGCGGGACAGUGAGGGCAGCAACUCGUGCGGCGGCAGCAGCCGAGCGGAGAGCGGUGUGAGCAGCUCGCGGGCAUCCAGCCAGGCGUCCAGCCCACCGGACAGCAGCGCCUCCAGCCGCCAGUCAGUCAUCGCCCAGACCAUGCCACACCCCUCCGAGCCGCCCGUAUGACUAGAGGCCACCACGCGGAUGUGAGGACACGCCCAGGGCCCAUGGCCGCCUCAGGGCCGGCGGUCUGAGCCCUCUCCGGCACAUGUGAUGCCGGAGGACCAUCCUCCCGCGUGGCAUUCCCUCAAGCCCCGGGGGCGUGAGCCCUCUUGGUCCCCGGAGCCCCCGCCCUCUCCCGUGCGCGGCCCUCAUGGUGUGGUGCCCGCCAGGCUGCGGGCCAGCCAGGAGACCCUGGAGACCACCAAGGAGUGGCCGCCGCCUCCCCAGGACGUGGAGCUGGGUCAGCUGGCGGCACCCCCGCCACCCCGCGCCUUUAUGCCCGGCACCUGGUCGCCCCGACCCGAGCAUCUACCUCUGACGGCGGCGACGGUGGCGGCCGUCCGCGGCGGCGACCCCCGCAGCCCUGGGGCGCUGGCGGCCGCGUCGGUGGCGGGCAGCCAGGUCAUCUAUGACCACCAGCCGGUGCGUCACGCCGCCGACUGUCCCGCUCAUCGACUGGAGACCAAACCGGACAGCGUCCGCUCCAGCAGUCGGCCUGCCAGCCGGCCCAGCAGCCGACCCGCCAGCCGACAAGGCAGCAGAACCACCAGCCGACCCACCAGCAGGUCUGCUAGCAGAUCUGGGAGCAGAUCGGCCAGCAGGUCUGGACAUAGAUCGGGUUACAGCUCGCCAGGAAGCGACCUGCGCUAGGUGGCGGCGCAGGCGGCGAGCAGCCUUCCCCAACGAGUCACUGCCCUACCCCGUGGUGCAGCGGCGGCUGCUGCCACCAGCCUGUGGGCGGCCGGCCCACCACUCACUCCGUUACGCUUGACUGCUUCUUGUUUGUUGCCUCUAGUCCUAGCUGGAGACGGCGCCUCCCACCACUGCAGCGAACUGUGUAGACAAUCGUGGAGCGGCGGGCGGGGAGGCGCACCCCGCUCCGGUCCGCCUCGCCAUAUGGGCGCGCGGGGCGGGGCGGGGCGCCCCACCCCCGGCCCAGCCUCGAGCCCGGGUCCAGGACGGGAGGUCGGCCGGCAUCAUGGUUUACUAUAAACUAUGCAAUACACACACACGCCUGAGGUGCGCCCGCCCGGCACCACCACCACCACCACCACCACCACACCCACGCCCACGCCCACGCCCACCGUUGGCAGCGCGGCGGCGCCCGCCCGGCGCCCGGAUGUGAUAGUCUAGUGCUGAGAGACUGACCUAUAAUAAGUCUGCUAACAAAAACAAGACACCAAUAUUUCCAAAAAGUGCCACAAUUAUAGUGUUAGUGGACGAGCUCGCUCAAGUAAUGUUUAGGGAGCCUGUGACCUUGUCCUUGCUGCCGGCGGACUGGCGGCCGGCGGCGGUGGCGACGGCGGCGGCGGCGGCGGCGGCGGCGGGCGGAGCGGCGGCCGGCGGGCGGCGGUGAUGCGUCAGUCAGCUGCAGGCGUGAGUGAUCGUGUCUCAGACACAACAUUAACAAGUUAAUUUUAUUGAAAUAUGCAUAAUUUACAUGAUGCUUUACAAAAGAGAAAAAUUGCUUGCUAAGAAAUCUAUAGGUUUUAGAAUUUCUGAUCAAACAGUAAUGUAAAUACUUAUUAGUUAAAAUGUCUUGUUGGACUUGUUGUUUAGUCAAACUAUUGAGGUCUGCAGAGGAACAUGUGAGGGAGGCGGUGGGCGGCAGCCGCGGCCCGCCCCGCCCCGCCCGCCACGCCGCCCCGGCGUGACACCCGUCACCCCACCACUACCCCGCCACCCAGCCACCACACUGCCCCACCACCACCACCACCACACCACGAAACUACACUGCCUUCACCACCACCGCCCCACACACACACACACACACACACACACACACACACACACACACACACACACACACACACACAGAGGUAGAGGGGCCGGGGGUGGGGUAGGGGCGGGGCCGGGGCAGCAGGGCGGGGAGGGGCGGGACGGGGCGGGUCGCGUCGCCGUGGUCCCAGCGUCACUCAAUCCUACAUUUGUAACUAAUGACAUAGGUUUCCGCAUGCACGCGCCGCAUUAGUGCCGGGGAGGGACCAGGGGGGCACCACGACCACCUGGCGUGUGAGAGAUAUAACUCACCUCACCUCGCUUCACCUCGCCGACGCCCCCAGCAGGACGACACUACUCUCCCUCUCCCUCUCUCUCUCGCUUUCUUGCUCUCGCUCUCUAUAUCUCUCUCGCUCUCGCUCUCGUCUUGUCUUUCUCGUUGGUGUUUUCCUCGCUCAAUCUACUACUAUGUUUCUCUCUCUCUCUCUCUCUCUCUCUCUCUCUCAUCUCUCUCUCUCUCCUUCUCUCUAUCUCUCUCUCUCUCUCUCUCUCUCUCACCGCGAGCGUCGGCCAGUGGAUCUCCGUAGUUUCUUUAUUAACCACCUGGGUAGAUAAUACAUAUGCAUUCAUUAUUAUUAUUAUUAUUAUUAUUAUUAUUAUUAUUAUUAUUAUUAUCAUUAUCAUUAUCAUUUAUUUUUUUCCAUUCUUUUUUUUUCUUUUUUUUCUUUCUUUAAAUAGUUUCCCGAAGAAUAAUUCCCCAAAGAGAGGAUUAACUCCUGUGGGUGUGUGGGCGUGUGGCUCCUGAGGGCGGCCGUACGUGCGGGCGUGGAAGAGCAGGCGCGUUAACUAUUGAUAACCUGCCCGCCCACACCCAUUGCUUCGUUAAUUAUGGACUAUCAUUGUUGUUUACUUAAAAUAAUGUGAAAAAAAUGCUAAGAAAAAAAAAAGUUAUG